UAUGAAAAAUAUACCGAUAAAUAAUAAAAUCUAUUUGACAAAAUAAUAAAUAAUAAUAACAAUGUGUAAAAUUUGGUAACCCUUCAGGAUUCCUAGCUCAUAACAAAGUUAAUAUAUAUUUUUUUUAGUUACAAUUUUGAUUAAUCGUUCACAACGACUUCUUGAUGAAGAAUAAUUGUAAAAGAAAUGACGUUUAAAGUUGACCCGAAAUUUUAUGUUAAAAGUUAUUUAAUAAUUUAAUGUAUAAUACUGUAAAGUUUAUUAGUAUAACAAGUAAAGAAAAAAAAUGCACAUUCAUAAAUACAUACACAGACACACACACCCAUACACUCAUAAACAUACUCCAUGUGGUUUCCUUAUAUAUAAAAUUAUUUUAUUAUUGUUUAUUAAGCAUACAUUUACUCUACGUUUUAAGACGAGGCGAUCCGAAGUAGUGGGGGCCUGAUGACCUAUAACACAGGUACUCUUACCUUUAACAGGUAUCAGACUCACACAAACAAGCAUUUCCUCAUUAUUAAUAAAUGUUGCUUUAUUUUGUGCAAGUAUGUAAGUUUUUGUGAAAAAACUAAAGAUUAUUAUUAUUAAUUUUAACAUUGUGUCACCAAAUACUUGAGAGUUAAGUAUAAAUUAAUAUAGAAAAAAAUAUAGUAUAGUUUAGUAAUAUAUUAUUGAGUUAAGGAUAAAUGAUAACGAUAUAUACCUACUGCUUAAAGAUUAGCGUGGGCAUAAAAGGAGCUCCUGCGUUCUAUCAGUGAUAAACUCUUACAUGUGCUACAUCACAGCUGAAUGAUACAAGUUUUUUGAUAGAAUUAUAUAAUGGAUGUUUACAUAAUCGUACUUCAGCGCCAUUGAUUUGUACAUGGUUGACUAUAUGCCACAUAACAGGUGAAACAUGACAAGUGAGGAUCUUCUGGAGACCGUUAUCGGUCGUUUUGGAAGAUAUCAAGUGUUGAUCUAUUUGCUGCUGAUGGUGGGUCGGCUACCGUCCGACUACCAAUUAUCUAACGUCGUAUUUCUUGUGCCAAACGUUGAAUAUGUCUGCAUGGAUGAAGGAGCGUACAAUUUAACCAACCAUUGUCCGUGUGAUAACCCGGUUUAUGAUACAAGUACUAUACACAGUUCUGUACCAACUACAUGGAAUCUUAUCUGUAAGAAACGUCAUCUUGGGAGCUUAUCUCAGUCAGUUUUACAAGCCGGAAUUCUGACUGGUAGUCUGGCUUAUGGGCAUAUUUCUGACAGGUACGGACGCCGUCCCGCCAUUCUACUUGCAUUCGCAUUACAGUUAUUAUUUGUAACAACGUCUGCCUUCGUUCCGUACCUAUGGAUGUUUAUUGUUUGCCGAUUUCUGAUGGGAACUUCAUGUGGAGGAAGCUUAAUUUGUUGUUAUGUGAUGAUAAUGGAACUUUCAGGAAUGACAUUCCGACCAUACCUAACAGGUUUAAUAGAAAUUGCCUAUACGUUCAGCUACGCGACACUUCCUAUUAUAGCGUAUUUUGUGAGAGAUUGGAACUAUCUACAACUGUCCACAUCAUUGCCGUGGCUAUUUGUUUUGUUGUAUUAUAACUUCCUACCAGAAUCCCCUCGAUGGUUAAUUACUAUGGGAAGAAAAGAAGAGGCUGUAAAAGUUCUCACCUACAUUGCCAAAAAAAAUAAGAAGCCAACAGAAAACAUUAAAACUAUUGUUGAAAAGGAAGUCUUACAAUGUAGCAAAGUUCAAAACAAUGCUGGCUCUUAUUUGGAUCUAUUCAAGACGUCGAAGAUGAGAAUGUACACGUUAAUCAAUGGUGUAGUUUGGUUCUGCUGUUCCCACACAUUCUUCGGUAUCAACCAGUACAUUGGCCGUCUACCAGGCAAUAUAUAUGUUAAUGUAUUUAUAUCAGCCGUCAGCAUAGUACCAGGAUUGUUUCUGGUUGUUGUAGCAUCUCUGUACUUCAGUCGAAAAGUGUCUCUUGUACUGUCAUUCGCUGCUGCAGGAGUAACUUUAUUGGUUAUUAUUUUCAUACCCAGUCAAAUGACAAAUACAAUUGUAGGUUUUGCGAUUGUCGGUCAGGUGAUUAAUUACGUAUCAUUUAUUUUGAUAUAUCUCUAUACUUCUGAAGUAUUCCCAACUGUUGUAAGAAAUUCAGCUAUGGGAUUUGUGUCUAUGUGUGCUAGGAUAGGUGGGUUUAUUGCACCCUUCGUGGUGGAUAUUAAUGCAGCUCCGUGGGUAUCAGUUUUAAUAUUUAGUACAGUAUCAUUUUUGGCCGGUUUUAUGUGCUUGCUUGUGCGAGAAACAAAAGGCAUAGUCCUUCUAAAUACGAUAGAAGAAAUGGAAAAGUAUGAUAACAAAAAAAAACCGGUGAGCUAGUAUUAAGUAACAAUAACCUAUUAACUUUAUCUCUCUUAAUUAUCUUAAAAAUGAUGGUAACAUUAGCUAGAAAAUUAUAUAUAAUUUAAAGCUAUUUCAUGUAUUUCAAGUCGUCAUGUAUCUUUGUAAGAUUUUGCAUAAUAGUUCGCACUUAAAAACUAUUUCUGCGCAUUUACGAUUCUUGUCAUAGUAGGUGUUGGAAAAUUAGUCUUAGGAAACAUAUAUUAAGAAGUAUCUUAAUGAGUUGAAUGAGUACAUGAAUAUAUAACUCUAGCUUAAAUUAAGUCUUAUAUAACGUGUUCACUAAUUUUGCCUUAAUAUGUGUUUAACUGUAAUACUACCAUGUAUAUUUCCAAGACGACUUUUUUGUAUGUAUGUUAGUUUCUUAGACGUUUAUACCCUUUUUUAUAUAUAAAUUUCCAAAUUACGGCUCGUGUGGUGCGGGACCUUAUUUAAUACAAAUAUUUUUUUCAAAUAUACAUAUUAAGAAAUUUCCUAAUAUAUAAUACAUUAAGCGUAGUCGGCUCUUUAUCUUACUUUCUUAAAGCCGUAAAAUCAGCUCUAAUCAUUAUGAUUGAAAGGAUCUGGCAAAUAAUUGUGUUGUAUAUUUAAUAUAUAGGUUAUAGUCAUAAAUAAUUCAACUUCAUUUGUGAUUUAUAGAUUUAUGUGUCACAUACAAGUAGUGUUUUUUCUAUAUUUAAGGUUCGGGAUAGUUAUAUUUAGUUGAAGAGCCCCCACUACUACAAGUUAAAUUAUAACUUCAGACUCUCGUAAAUCAUAAUUGCAUUUAAAAUAAGUAAUGUUUGUAAAAAGCUUCAUUCGAUGUCCAAGAUGUCCUUCACUAUAUAUAAGAUAGAAUAAUUAAACAAACACUAUUUUAA